AUGUCGCUCAACAGGGCCACAUUUCCACCCCAUCAACAACCUGCGGGUGUUCUAUCCAUCUGGCCUUCGUCAGAAGAUCAUGAGAUUGUUUCAAUGGAAGUCGGUGAUCAGUUUUCUGAUAGUGAACAUUUUAAGGAUGCACUUAGGAAUUUUGCUAUCAAACACAAUUUUAACUGUACAUUCAUCAAGAAUGACAAGCAGAGAGUGACUGUCAAGUGUGCUGCUGAAGGUUGUGAAUGGCGUGCCCACGCGUCCAUGGAAGGAUGUAGGCCAUUGCUAUACCUAGAUGGAACUUACUUGCUCGGUAAAUACGGGGGCUUUGUUAGGUGCAACGGAAAAAGAUGGGAACGAUGGUCCAAGGGCCUUAUCAAUGCUAUCGCGAAGGUAUUCCCUUCCUCACCGCAUGCAUAUUGUUUGCGCCACUUGGAAGCAAACUUCAUGAAAGCAAAUGUCAAACUUGGCAAGUCACUGAAAGAAAGGUGCUGGUCUAUAUUAUCGAGAAUUGCGUUUUCAUGUGCUGAAAAAGAAUUCGAUGACAUUGUUGCCGAUCUGUUAAACACAUCGGUGGAUGCACAUCAAUGGUUGGUGCAGAAAUCCGAUCUGGCGCACUGGGCGAACUAUAUGUUCAAAGGUGAGAGAUGGGGGGAGAUGUACUCAAACGUGGCAGAGUCGUUUAAUGCAUGGAUAAAAGAGGCACGCCUUCUUCUUGUCACAAACAUGGUAGACUCGAUAAGGUGGCAGGUAUAUGGCAUUCCACGCAAACAUGCAUGUGCGGCAAUACUACAAACAGACAUAAAUAUUCAUCGAUAUGUCGAUGACUACUUCACAGUGGACUCUUACCGACAAGCAUAUGCAGAAGCCAUAUUCCCAGUACCAGAUAAUGACAAACCAGAUGAUAUCAACCGCGAACUACUUGUGCACCCUCCAAUCACCAAGAAGCCAGUUGGUCGGCCAAGACAGAAGCGUCUAGAGUCACAAACAUCAAUCAUUCGUGAAUUACGAUGCAGCCGUUGGCAUGAUGCUGGUCAUAACCGUAGAUCUUGUAAUGCAUCGAUAGCUGACUGA